UGUGUGUGAGGCCACCACUACUGAACAAGCUGCUGCUUCACACAGAGAUUAAGAUAUAUGUGGAUAUAUAUUGUAUUUUAUUGGCGUAAAAGCAUCAGAAAUCAAAGCUGAGUUCUCUCGCUCCAGGAGCAAAUAUGUUUGCUUAACUUGUCCGGCUUCCAGUUUGUCGUCUUGUUAGUUUUAUGUUCUUUUUUGUUUUUCUAUAACAGUAGGAUCACCCUACACGUGUUUUAUUCUCUGUAGAGGUUUUUUAACAGUACAGUUUUGAGUCUACUGUGUGAGGUUUUUGCUAAGCUAAGAGGUCAGAAGGUGUAGCUAUGAAGGAGGAGAUUGCUGCUGCAGUUUUCUUUGUUGCUCGGCUGGUGAAGAGGUAUGGUUGUGUGGAUAAUGAAGGCAGGGAGGGCUUUGCUGCGGCCCUCACCUCAGCUCUGUUUGAAAACUACAAGAACCACUGGCACCCCAACGUACCUACGAAGGGACAGGCCUACAGGUGUCUCCGUAUGAAUGUGCGGCUGCAUGACCCCGUGCUGCAGCUGGCCUGUGAACGCAGUGCUGUCCGGCACCAGGACCUGGGCCUCCCUCAGGAGAUGACUGUGUGGGUCGACCCUGGAGAGGUGUCCUGCAGGUACGGUGAACAAGGCACCCCAUUCUGCGUCUCCGUGGUGGACAGCCGUCGACGUAUGGACAAGGAAUUUCCCCGCCGAAUCCACGACGCCGUUGAGCGGGCGAGCCUGGACAUCCAUUCGGGAAGCUCUUCGGACGAGGAGGAUUGCACCAAAAACAACAGCAUGAGUAGCAUGAGCAGCAGCAACCAAUCAUCUCUCAGCUCGAUCUCAAUCCCAACCAUCAACCCAGAGCCCAAAAGCAUCCCGACCGUCAGCAACCCCAACAGCGUCUACCGGUUCAGCGAGUUUGCUCCAGCCGCCCCUCAGCACUGGCUGAGGGAGAAGAGGAAUACCUUCGCUGGGGAUGCGUACCCUCCUCUUCCUCCCCCAGCCGGAGGUCCACCUUCCCAGUUCCCCAACCAGAAAGGCUUCAAGAACCAUCGAGCCACGUUCACCUUCGCUGGGCCUCGUGUGGACAAGUACCACUGGGUCAGCAAGUCCCGAUAAUGUGAGCCGUCGACCUAGAACCAGAAUCGGGUUACUGCUCUGCCGACAUGAUGCCGGGUCAAAGCAACGUAGACCUGUAUGCAGUAAAAAAAGUUACAGGACAGUUUAUGCAUCUUUAAAAAGGUUUAUUAUCGAGUGUUAAUGAUUUAAAUUAAUAAUGUUUAAGUGUUUUUAAUCCUUUGAAAAUAUUGAAGUAUUUUAAAUGAUUCCCCCUUCUAAAUGUGUUUUUUAAAGUAAGUGUGAAUAAAGUAACAUUGAACUGUCAAUUGAAAAGAAAUAAAUGACUCAUUCUCAGCUCUGCUGGUUCAUCGAAA